GCGCGGCCUAGCAGGGCGGAAUGGGCGUGGUCUUAGAAGGUCCCGCCCCGUCCCGCUUAGACAAUGCCCCGGAGCCGCCAGACCAUCGCGCCCCCGCCCCAUCGCCGUAUGUGAGCUCGCCUACUCUGGGAACCCCUCAAAAGCCCGAGCAAUCGGUCUCUCCUGCUUGAAGACUCAGACUCCCAUCUUCAUUAACUCUCUCCUCUGGGGGUGGGGCCAAGGCCGAAAUCACAAGGCUGCAGGAGUGGAGGUAGCCGCUGACAAGUGAAGAGAAAAAACAAAGCAGCUUGACUGGAAGGGGCUUCUGUGUGGAUGUAAUGGGGACGCCGGGGGAGGGGCUGGGUCGGUGUUCCCAUGCCCUGAUCCGGGGUGUCCCCGAGAGCUUGGCAUCCGGGGAAGGUGCUGGCGCUGGUCUUCCGGCUCUGGACCUGGCUAAAGCUCAAAGGGAGCAUGGAGUACUAGGAGGUAAACUGAGGCAACGACUAGGGCUGCAGCUGAUUGAACUGCCUCCCGAGGAAUCACUGCCGCUGGGUCCACUGCUUGGUGACACUGCUGUGAUCCAAGGAGACACGGCCCUAAUCACAAGACCCUGGAGCCCUGCGCGUAGGCCUGAGGUUGAUGGAGUCCGUAAAGCCCUCCAGGACUUGGGGCUCCGAAUUGUGGAGAUGGGGGAUGAGAACGCGACGCUGGACGGCACGGACGUCCUCUUCACCGGCCGGGAGUUUUUCGUAGGCCUCUCCAAGUGGACCAAUCAUCGAGGAGCUGAGAUCGUGGCAGACACGUUCCGGGACUUCGCCGUCUCUACCGUACCGGUCUCAGGCUCCUCACACCUGCGCGGCCUCUGUGGCAUGGGGGGACCUCGCACUGUAGUGGCUGGAAGCAGCGAGGCUGCCCAAAAAGCAGUCAAGGCAAUGGCAGCGCUGACUGAUCACCCCUACGCCUCUCUGACCCUCCCAGAUGACGCAGCUAGUGACUGUCUUUUUCUGCGUCCUGGGUUGCCUGGUGCCACACCUUUCCUCUUGCACCGUGGAGGUGGGGACCUGCCCAACAGCCAGGAGGUGAGGGAGGGGAAAACCGCCCCACCAACCAGAGAAAGAAGUCUUUCUUUCCCAGUGGGAGAAAGGAGGGGGCCCUUCUUCAGAAGCCUGGGUGGGACCACUAAGAACUGGUUAGAGGGGUGUGUGGCUCUACUAUCAAAACAUCCUUGGGGUCCUCCCUGCAGGCCCUGCAGAAGCUUUCUGACGUCACCCUGGUACCUGUGUCCUGCUCAGAACUGGAGAAGGCUGGCGCUGGCCUCAGUUCCCUCUGCCUGGUGCUCAGCACGCGCCCCCACUGCUGAGGGCUUGGGUUUGGGGAUCCAGCUGGCUAGGAAUAAAGCUGUAUGGGGGUAGAAUCAGGUAA